UCCAUUAACUCCGUUUGAUGGGUUAUGAGGGCGGUCUGAUUGUUAUUUAGCUUUUCGUGUGUAGAAUAGCCCAAUGGCUGACAAACGACCGAAUGAGUGGGUACAGCUUUUACUUUCCAGAUUCGAUUCCCAGCUUCCCAUACGCACUGGGAUACAUACUGCUCAAUCUACACAAAAUAUGGAAAGAAAUAAAGAAUGUUUAGUAAACGUGAGCAGGUAUAAAUUUUCACUAGUUAUAUCUGGAUUAACAAAAAUGCUUCAAAACAUUGACAGCAUGCAAGUAUACGGACCAGACGCAGAAAGAAAUUUUUGUGACUCACUUUUGAUUGUAUUGGAAACAUUGGAGAAAUGUCUUACAUGUCAACCUCACGAUACUUCCCGACUAGAUGAGACUAUUCUGGUCAAAAACCUACUUCAAGAGUUAUUCAGAGUUAGAAACCUUGUGUUAAAUUUUAUGAAUUUAACUAGUGAAAAUGGAAAAAUGUACAAUCAACUUUUGUUGCUGGUAUCGCAGGUUCUAUACGCCUUAAGUACACAAUACUUUAAUGCUGUAUUCAAUCGGAUACCUAAUUGUCUUGCUUUAGCUGCACAAGAUGAAUCAAAUGUUGAUCAAGCCAAUGAGCUGGAGUUAAUUCAACACUUGAAUUUAGAUAUGCGUAAAUUAUCACGCCUCAUACUAGAAAUUUGCAAUCGUUUCAGAUCAUUGAAAAAGUCCACUUGGUUACACCUUGCUGUUUACUUGGAAAGAGCCAUUUGGAACUGGCUAGAAAAUUAUCCCCAGGAAUUCGAUGAACUACAAAAGAAACCAAUUGAUGAAUUGGCCGACUGUUGUGAACGUCUGUUUGAUUUGUUCACUUCACUUUGUGCUGAAAGUGGGCGGAAGAAAAUUCUUGUUUGGCCUCUACAAAUGAUGCUUUUGGUACUUUGUCCAAAAAUUCUUGAAGAAAUUAAUAAUGCUGAAAACGGAGCACCUCUAUCGCCAGAGCAUCAGAAAAAGAAACAAUUUAUGGAUGAAGUUCGUAAAGCUCUUGCUUCUCAUGGUCAUGGAAGUAGUGGAAAUAAACCAGCUUUGUUGGAAGCUGCAUUAUUAGCUGCAGUUAAUUUAUGCAAAGCAUCAACUUACAUCAAUAUAAAUGACAGAAAUAAUAUUCUCUUUAUUUUGGUUCAUUCAGUAUAUGCUGAUUUACAAAAUUUAUUAUUCAAUCCAAAUAAACCAUAUCUGCGGAACAAUCAAAAUGUAGCAGAAACAGAAUCAUUACUUACAGAAUUUUUCGUUGCAUAUUUUCGUAUAACACCACAUAAUAAAAAUCUCCUCAAAGUUUGCUUGCAAACAACAUCACCGGCUAUUUAUCAUACUGUGCUAGUAUCUGGACUUUAUCGUAUAAUUACUCAGUCACGUCUAGCAUGGUGGCCUGAUGUUAGCCCGUUUUAUUCGAAAUCCACUGAAAUUCGUUCAAUGUUCUUAGAAACAUUAAAUCGUGUAAAUCAUCAUCCACCAAUUCGAAUUACUCAAAGUCUUACAUUUCGAGACAAAAUGAAUUUAAAAAACAAAGAUAAAACUGAAGAUAAUCUAAUGAAUAAAUAUAAUUUACUACUAAAUAUGGUUCGUCUACUGAAUGCUAACCCAUUAUUAAUGCUUUAUAGUCCGCAGACACGUUCAAGUUCAGAUGCUCAGAAAGCAACGUUUGAUUUAAUGAAUGGCCUAAUGUCUUUAAUACAACAAUCUAUUAUGUCUGACUUAGCACAAGAAGCAAUGGAUGCUUUACUUUGUCUUCACCAACCAGCUAAUAUAAGACUAUGGAAUUUACAUUCACCGGCCCAAGCGUUUUGGGAAAUAAGUCCACAACUUUUGUACAGUAUUGCUCAGAAAUUAAUCAAUCGUAAUAUACCUAAUUCAUGUGAUGUUUUAAAAUGGUUAAGAGAGAUUCUUGUCUGUCGUAUAAAGUUUCUUCAACAACAUUGUGAUUAUGCAAAUCUACCAGGAUGUUGUACACGGGGUCUGUUGACAUCUAAUAUGCCAGUUAGUGGGGAUGUUAAUAUAACUACAAACACAAAUACCACAGGUGUAACUAGUUUUAUCACAACGGCGACGACAACAACGGCAACGACUGGAUCUAGCUUAUCUACUGCUACAAAUUGUACGCAAACAAAUACAAAUUCAGAUAUGAGUUAUACAGAUGGUGGCGUGUAUAUUGGACCAGCGCCCUCUUCAAAGACGAAUUCUCAAAAUACUUCAUGUUUAAGCCCAUUUCUAGGGCCAUUAGGAAUUAAUCCAAAACGAAAUCAAAUGGCUCUUAUUAAACUAGAAACAGUAUUUUUUACUUACCUAUGGUCACUGGAUUUAGAAGCUGUUUUGACUUCAAUGUCUUGUUUUCGUCUGUUGUGUCAAGAAGCUGAACUUUGGAGUAAUGCUGCAACUUUAGCGACAAUCACUUACGUUCCAGAUAACGAGUUUGUACAGCGUUCUGAUUGUGAAUGUUAUUUGGUAAAUCCCAAUUUAUCUGCUCCUUCUUCCACAGAAACAUCAGAUUGGGCAGAGAAUUCUGUACUGACAACAAAUUCACACCAUAGUGAUUUGGUCCGAAAGUCACCUCCACCUACAGUUAGCUAUAAACUCGCAGUAUCGUCAGCUUCAUCUAGUAGUACUCCUCCUGAAAGUACAUGUAUACGCUUCCAAAACUCUUCAACACCAUAUGAUAAUGACUCCCGAACUCGUCCUAAUAUUCCAGGAUCGUGUAUUGCCUUAUGCAAUUGUGGGUGUCCUCUUUGCACUCCAGUGAGCUAUCUACCAGUAUACACAAAUAUUGUUAGUAAUCCUGCUGUUUCCCGGUCUGUCCACGACUCCAGCUCUCAUUCUAGUUUUAGUACCUCACUAAAUUCAGACAGUAAUCCAACAUUUUGUUCUGAAUAUUCUGAUGAUAGUACAACAAAUUUUUCUACUCAAACAUCGACCAAAGUUAUAAAUCCUAUUCUCCAUACAACCAGUCCAUCUGACAAGUCAUGUUCAUGGUCGUUACCAGCCCAGUGGGCUUUUACUGACUUCCGUCUUCCAGAUCUUCUACCUGUUUACAAUGUGUAUGCUGAGAUUGCUGAUCACAGUCGUUCAAUUGUCACUACAGGACGUGCACAUUUACAAAGACAAAUUCUAGCUUUAUUAAGAAAAAUAAAUCAUCAAACCCAAGGAAAUAAACUUGCCUGGGAACAUACUUAUAUGAUUUGGUUAAGAAGUACAAAAUUUCUAAUAAAUUAUCCUAAAUCAAAAGCUUCCGUUCCAUCAAACGGAACUGAAGACUCUUGUUAUGAUACCACUUCUAAUUCAGCCAAUAAUACUUCAGUGAACGGAUUUUCAUCUGCAUCACUGGGUAAUUCUGCAUCUAUACCUAGUGGUCUAGACUCUAUAUCUAAUCAAGUGGAUACGGCUGUGUCUGGAAUGAAUAUAGAUGGAUUUUCUUCUGCCCAAGGUUCUACCGGGAUGCUUCUUACAAUAGCAAAUAAUACUGGUGGAGUUUCUGUGUCAAGCACGUCUACUGGAACUAGUUCAUUUGUCUCUGGAAGUGCUAUAAGUUCAGGUGCAAGUCGUUAUUUGGCUGUUAAACGUCGUGUCAGUCAACAAUCGCCAGUAAAUGACCAUGAAAUUGAAGAUGUACUAAAUGAAUGGGCAAAUAUGACUGGAUUUCUAUGUGCAUUAGGUUCUGUAGCACUUAAUAUACCACCACUACCUCAAGGAUCUUCUUCACUUUCUUCACAAAUAGCUUCAUCGGGUUAUUCAUGUGACCAAACCAAAACCAAACCUCAACAAAUUCACUGCCCUCAUUAUCAUUAUUGUUCUCAGCAUUUAUUGGAUCAUGUACAUCAACAUUUUGAUCCUAAUUGUUUACGUGCAAACUAUUUCCUACAGUCUCGUACAAAUUUUAAUAAAAGUACUAGUGAUGUUGAUCAAACAGAUGAAUCUCAUAAAUGUCAUUCAUUUCAUGGCGCCUGUCUUAGUGAAUUAACUGCUGCAAGACGUCUUUCACUUGUUCAGUCUAGUUUAAAUCAAGAUAAUCAAUUCUCACCUGUUGCUCAGUUUAUUGGUAAUCUUUUACUGCUUAUAAGUUGUCAACAUGAGAAAUUUGGGCAUCAAAUACAAAAACAUGUUAAAGAAUCAAUUGGAAAUGAAUUAAAUCCUUUGAUUUAUCCAAUUCUAUUCAAUCAAUUACGUAAUCAUGUGGAUGCAUGUUUUUCAGGACAAGGGCAACAACAAGUGGUUGUUACAGAAACCAAUACAUUAUUUAUUGAAAAUGUCAUCUUUAUUAUGCGUAGUAUAUUAGAUAAACGAACUAAAUCGGUUGAUCGAUUAAGUGAUCAUUUAGAAUUAGUUAGUAUAGAAAGUCUUAUGUUAAAUAUUGUUAGGUAUGUUCGUCACUUGGAAUGCGUACAUUCUCUUCAAAUAAAGAUUAAAGUUUGUCAAUUAGUACAGAAAAUGAUGGCCAGACGUGAAGAUUUAGCAUUUAGACAGGAAAUGAGAUUUCGAAAUAAAUUAGUAGAUUACCUUUGUGAUUGGAUUAUGGGCAGUAGCUAUCAUCUUAAUCUUUCCGUACAAACAAAUUACUUGGCUAAUAAUUCAACAGGAACAACAAUCACAACAACAAUGUCUACUGCUACUACUGUUGCUUCUUGUAAUAACAGUAAUGUUUCCGGAGUGUUUGGAUUAUCAAACACCUCAAUCGCCAGCUCUCUUACAUCAGAAUUUAAUGAAAAUGUUUCCUUGUCUAACUCAUCACAAGUGAAUCCACCAAUUUUCCUCCCAUCCGGAGUAGGGAUACCCAUAAGUCAAAGCCAGAACAAUUCUAUUGCGAUAACAAGCCACAAUUCACAAUUAGCGUAUUCAAACAUUGUACCUAGCAGUGGGGUCAGUGGAAUGAUUGCAAACUAUGGUGGUAUUCAUGGUAACAUUACUGGUUGUCCGGUUGUUCCAUAUUGCGGCCCGUUAACGUCAGGAAACUUUGGACUGAUGAACUAUGGAUCCCAAGGUCAGUCAUCAGCAAAUGCUUGGAAUCGAUCCGAUAUCUUGGAUUCUAAUUGUGCAUGGGAUAAUGCAACACCAAGUUUAGGUAUCGGUGUAGGGUUAAUUGCUCACGGACAAUUUUCUAAUAGCCCAUUUUCACCCUAUUUUAGUACUACAGAGUUAACUGGCUUCAGUAGUAUGCCAUAUGGAAAAGUAAACAAUAAUCGAUUUGUAACUGGUGGGCUAAGUUGUAUUGGACAGCCACAACCUUGGAAUGUUGCCAAGUCAACUACUUUGUCGGGAACAACGUUAUGUCAAAAUUACAUAUCAAGCAGUGGUAAUUCUUUAUCCACUGUUUCUACUUCAUCUGGAUUUAACUAUAUUAGUGGUCAAAUCAAUGUAACCAAGUAUGGAAGUAAUAUACCUACAUCCAAUGUUAGUAGUAUAUCUUAUUCUGGACAAUCGUCUGUCGCCAGUACGUGGUCAGGUGCAAGUGGUAUUAAUUAUACUUUGUAUACAGGAACGAACACUACUUCAGCUCGUGUACCAUCCAUCGCAGUCUCUGCUGUCACAACUUUGAGUGUUGGGAGUUAUUCUUCCAAUGUUCCAAAUAUUACAUCAACUGCCGGUAUAGUAGCACAAACUGCCGCUCAGACAAGGGAGUUAGAUCUAGCAUGUAUGGAGGCUGUAGCUGCAUUACUUCAUGGUAUGCCAUUGCAACCUGAAGAAAUUGAUCGAGCAGACUUAAUGGAUGCCAAAUCUCAUUUGUUUGCGAAAUAUUUCUCACUUUUUAUGAAUCUAUUAAAUGAUGUGGCAGAUGAUCGUGAAAAAGGUGCUGAAAUAAGACAAAAUCAUACAGCUUUACGUAAUGUUACAGUUCAAGCAAUGUCAAACCUUUUAAAUGCUAACAUUGAAUCUGGAUUAGUGCACGCGAUAGGUUUGGGUUAUCAUAGAGAACCACAAAGUCGAGCUGCAUUUAUGGAAGUUCUGACAAAAAUUUUACAACAAGGCACAGAAUUUGAAACUCUUGCAGAAACAGCUUUAGCUGAACGAUAUGAGCGUCUAGUUGGUUUAGUGACUAUGGUUGGUGAAAAUGGAGAACUUCCGAUAGCUAUGGCUCUUACUCAAGUUGUUUCUUGCAAUAAUAUGGAUGAAUUAGCUCGAGUUCUCGUGACUUUAUUUGAUGCUAAACAAUUACUUUGUCAAUUGUUUUGCAAUGUCUUUUCUAAAGAACUGGAAUCAGCUGAUAGCAUGCAAGCACCAUUACGUGGUAACACAAUGACAAGUAAAAUUAUGAACUAUUGUUUCAAACAAUUUGGACGCGAUUAUUUACAAUCAGUGUUAGGUCCCGUACUUAUGGAGCUAGUUAGACGAGAUGCCGGAAAUUCAAGUGCUUACAUAACUUUGGCACCAUCACCACCAAUGGUGGCUAAAACAGCAGUAAAAAAUGAUUUCAAUAAUAAACCAGUAAACACUAUCAAGAGUGAUAAUAUUUCUAACUACAACUGUGUGCAACAAUUAGGUGACAUGUCAUCAAUUAAUACGAAUGAAUUGUUGGAAGAUAUGACAAAAUUCAAUCAAAACAAAUUGAACUUAUCCUAUGAAGUAGAUCCUAGACUUCUGCAAUCAAAUGAAAAUCUGGAAGAUAAUCAAAACAACUUGAUUUUUGCUACUGAAUUAUUAUAUAAAAAAUUAAUCAAAUCUGUAGACAGUUUCCCAUCUAGAUUACGAUGUAUGUGCAGAUGUUUAUACAAACUAAUUGGUCAUUUAGGCUAUGUAAAUCAAUCGAAUGAUCAAGCAUUAAAUGUUUUGUCAACAGUCGUAUUUUUACGAUUUAUUAAUCCAGCUGUUGUAUCUCCUUAUGAAAGCGGAAUAUUGGAUUUUGAACCACCAAGUCGUGUUAAACGUGGUCUUAUUCUGAUUGGAAAAAUGAUGCAAAAUAUUGCAAAUCAAUUACUAUUUACCAAAGAGCCGCAUAUGCGUAUAUUUGAUUCGGUUUUACAAAAACACUUUGAAUCAUGUAGACAGUUCUUUAAAGCAAUUGUUGAGGAGUCUACGAAACCUGAUAAAUCGUUGGAUCCUUCUACAUUCAACGGACUAUUAGAUCCUUUAAUAAACAACACUAGUCAGUUAGUUGUCUCCUCUUCAUGGUUAUCCGGUGCAUAUCCUAACUCAUCAACUGUAAAUCCCCUAGAAGCUAUUGCUCCACUGACAAGUGAUAGUGUUUCCUCAGUAUCAGUUUGUACAAAUACAGGUGGUGGUGGCUGCGGCGUCGGAGGAGGUGGAGGAAGUUGUAUGAUUUCUUUUAUUUCCGAUGAUCUUAUACAUGCUUUACAUCGAUUAUUAUUUACAAAUCAAAGUAAAAUUGGUGACUACUUGGCUAGUAAUCGUGAUUGGAAAGCUGUUGGUAGACAACCGUACGACAAAAUGGUAACUUUAUUGGCACAUCUAGGUCCACCUGGGCAUAAAUCUGUUGAUUGUAUGUGGAAUUACUUGGAUAUACCAUCAACGAGAUUAGAAGAUUGGGUACUACGGGGUUACCAGUUUCGUGACAGUGAAGAAUUUAAACAUUUGAAAAAUGUGAAUGCAUUUUACCAAGCUGGUACUAGUCGAUUAGGCAAUCCAGUUUUUUACUACAUCGCUAGGCGGUAUAAAUCACGAGAGUAUCAACGCGUGGAAUAUCCAUUCAUUAUUUGUCUAGUCUCAAUGACAUUGGAUGCUUAUCGUAAUAAACCUUUUGAAGUUGUCAUUGAUUUCACUCAUACAUCAGUUGAAAAUCGAUUUAAGAAUGACCUUUUAAACAAAUGGGCUAAUAUAAUUGGGCCAGUCCUACGUGAAUAUCUUGUUGCUGCAUAUAUUUACAAUUGCAAUUCAUGGGUUCGUGAAUAUACCAAAAUACACGAUCGAUUUUUCUCACCAAUCAAGGGUUCCAGAAAACUUAUUUUUAUCGAUCAUCCGUCACGUUUAAAUGAAUAUAUUGAACCGGAUCAACAAAGACUUCCUGCUGGAACAUUAGUUUUAGAAGAAGAUUUACGUGUAUUCAAUGGAGCCUUGAAAUUAUCGCAUAAAGACACGAAAGUAGCUAUCAAAGUAUGUACGAAUGCUAUUCAAGUUACUUCAACUGAAAAAACGAAAGUUCUUGGUCAUUCAGUUAUUUUGAAUGACGUUUAUUAUGCUUCAGAAAUCGAAGAAGUUUGUUUAGUUGAUAAUAAUCAAUUCACACUAACUAUUUUAAAUGAUAAUGGUCCAUUAUCUUUUAUACAUGACGCAUGUGAUUCCAUUGUUCAAGCUAUCAUACACAUACGUACAAGAUGGGCAUUAUCUCAACCGGAUACACCAGCAAUUCAUGCCAAGAUUAAGCCACGUGAUGUUCCUGGAACUUUGCUAAAUAUAGCAUUACUUAACUUAGGGAGUUCCGAUCCAAAUCUGCGAUCAGCUGCUUACAACUUACUUUGUGCUUUGACACAAACAUUUAAUUUGAAAAUCGAAGGACAAUUAUUAGAAACUAAAGGAUUAUGUAUUCCUGGAAAUAAUACAUUAUUUAUUACAGAGAUAAGUAAUCGUCUAGCACAAUUAGAACCACAUUUAACAUUAGAAUUUCUUGAAGAAUGUAUACAAGGAUUUAGUCGUUCAAGUAUCGAAAUGAAACACUUGUGUUUAGAAUAUAUUACUCCUUGGUUACCUAAUUUAACACGUUUUUGUCGUUCGGAUGAUGCUAAACGACAAAAAGUAAAUAUUAUAAUUGACAAGUUAAUUACUUUAACAAUUGAAGAAGAACAAAUGUAUCCGUCAAUUCAAAUAAAAAUCUGGGGAAAAUUAGGUCAAGUUCCACAACUUUUAGGACUUGUUCUUGACAAUUUUAUACAACGUUCUGUUAGUUGUGGAUUAGGCAGUUUACAAGCAGAAAUUAUGGCUGAUACAUCAGUUGCACUGGCAGCUGUAAACAAGCAACUUGUAUCGAAGAAAGUAUUAUCUAAACUGUGUCGUUUUAUUGAAAAGACGUGUUCUGCGCCAACAACUUUAUUGGAACAACAUCCAUUGUGGCCAGAAACUGCACCAUUGCUACGGUAUUUAUUAAUGUUAUCGUUCAAUAAUUGUUUAGAUAUAUGUACACAUUUGCCUCGGUUAUUUCAUAUUGCUACUUUAUUGGUGUGUACUGGUCCACUAUCUCUAAGAGCGUCUGUACAUGGAUUUGUGAUCAAUGUUAUUCAUUCAUUGUGUACUUCAUCUUUAGCUAAACAAAUUUCUGAAAAAACAGUUCAUCAGCUUCGUCAACUUCUUGCAGAAUUUACUCUCCCAAAAUUUUAUGAGGUGUUUGGCAUACAAAACGUUAAAUGUGCACCUAUUAGCGCAUUUCCACAUUUUCGUCCAGGUGAACGAUCCGGUUUAUUAAUUGGAUCAGCUGGACCUAAUAAUUCAUCUCAUACAGGUUCUGUAGCGUUAAACAUUCCCCCGCAUACUGGACAUAUCGGAGUUAUGUCAAAUCUUCAUCAUAGUCAAGGGAGUAGUAGCAGUAUUAGUAGUAAUUGUAGCGGUGGUACAUGUACAUCAAUGUCAGUUGAUGGUGUAGAUUUAAUCAGUGCUAAAAAAGAUACAAGUUUACAAAGUUCUGAAUUGAAAAAGCCAGAAUUCACUCGAAAUAUUCAUCCAGUUUUAGUAAUGAUUAGUGAUAAUUGUGAAGAGACAAAUAUUUAUCAACGAAUAAUACCAACAUCAAUUGAAACAUCUCAACGCAACCGACAAAUCAAUGAUUCCUUAGACAAUUAUGAACGAAAUCCAUAUAAUUAUCCUCACCAAAAACAACAUUCAUUUUCAAAUGAUAUGUUCAAUUUAAAUCCAGGAAAUAAAGUUAAUUCCACUUUCUCUGAUAAUUAUUCACUAAAAUUAAAUCAAACAGGUCAAUUUAUAGUACCUCAUGUAUUUAAUCCUUGUACAGGCGUACCAUCAUCAUCAUAUUUACCAAACCACGCGAUAUCACAAUUAUCUAUACCCUUAGAUAGUUUAGAUAAUAAACCCGAACGUUUAUCAUUGAGUUCAUUGGAAUUUCUUACUGAUACAUUAUUAGAAAUUAUGAGUUUAGUUAUUAAAGAAGUGCCGAAAUUUACUCAUUGGCUUGAUCAAUGGACACAAUUAGCACGAAAAUUCGCUUUUCAACAUAAUCCAGCCUUACAACCUCGUGCUAUCAUUGUGCUUGGAUGUAUUUGUAAACGUUUUACUGAUACGGACAUUAAACAAUUAUUACGUAUAAUGUCUAGAGCAUUAGCGUCUUACGCAAAUGAAUUGAACAUGGAAAAAGACCUACGACAUAAAACUGUAAAUACUGGACAAGCAGAACUCUACCUCAUUGAAGCAAUAAUUAUUUGUUUAACGAGGCUAUUACCUCUGCUACCAUCAGAUUCAGAAACACAUCAACCAUUAUUUUGGAUUGCAUUAGGUAUUUUACAAUUAGAUGAAGUUUCUUUGUAUGCUGCUGGAUUAGCUUUACUUGAACAAAACUUAUUAACAUUGGAUCAGAAUGGAACAUUUGAACGUGAUUCAUUAAGUAGUAUUAUGAUGCGAUGUAGAGAACAAUUUAUUCUACAAUAUAAACAAAUGGAUCAUGCUGUUGGUCUUAGUUUUCGUGAUAGCUUUCAUUUCGCAUUAGUCGGUCAUCUACUGAAAGGGUUUCGUCAUCCUGAUGUAAAAACUGUUGCUAGAACUAUACGUGUAUUGAAUUUACUAUUGGGUAUUGCUGCAAAACCAAUUAAUCGUGAUAAAUAUCAAGUUAGUCACGAAAGUAUAGCUUAUCUAACAGCUCUGCUACCAGUAUCGGAAGAAGUACGUAAGCGAUGUCGAUUGAAAUUUCGUAUACCUGGUACACUUGUUGGUACAAAUGAACAAGAAUUAAAUAAAAAUAGUAAUAAUACUAAUAAUACCACUAUGAUAACGAAGAAUUUUUCCUCACUCACAAACGCAACAAUAUACUCAACUAAUCAUACUGAUUGGGGUGGAUCUAAUGAAAGUUUACUUGAUACGUUAUCAUCACCUCAACAGUCAAAUUCACGUAGUCAUAAUUCAGUUAGUCUCAUUAAAUCAUUAUUGCCAAAUAAUUUUAUCCAACCAAAUUUUAAUCAGAAAAUUAAUCGCCCACGAUUUGAGUCAAAUUAUACAAGCAAUUUAUUGUCAUCAGACAAUAAUACAACACAACAACAACAACAACUGAUUCGUUCAUCAAAUGAUCGUCAGAUAACAACUAAUACGAUAUCAGAGAUGAAUCAAAGCCAACAAUCUUGUCAACAGUUCCCUAAACGUCAUGCAAUUUUAAGUGCAACAGAUAGUUUGCGUUCACGUUCUAUUGAUGAAUGCAUGCCAAGUGGUAGUAUUAACUCAAACACUGAACAACGAUCAGGUAAUGUUUUGAGUCAAACCAGAGACGAAACAGUCGAUAGUCAGAUUAUGAAUGGAACUGAGUUCGAUGAUGCCAGUGAGGAUAGAAAUCAAAUUAAUCAACGGGAACAGUUAUUACCUAACCCCAUUCAAACUGAACCAAAGACGUCGACUGGAGUUCUUCUUGAUCCAAGUAUCCUUACAGACGAAGCAACUCAAGCUUUAACUAUUGCUGUACUGACGACUUUGGUACGUUAUACCACUGAUGAGAACGAGUCAAGAGUACUAUAUGAAUUUUUAGCAGAUGCUUCUAUGGUUUUUCCUCGAGUAUUUCCUGUCAUACAUAGUUUAUUGGAUUCAAAAAUUAAUUAUGUUUUAACACAUUGUCAUGAUCAAAAAAUUUUAAGUGCUGUUCAAAGUAUCAUACAGAAUAUGAUUAGUAAUGGUGAAACAUCUGUACAACAAUUACAUUAUUUACAAAGUAUCGGUUUUGGUGGUCUAUGGAGAUUUUCCGGGCACUUUUCCAAGGCGAAUCAGAACGCCGAUACUGCCCAGUUAUUUGUGAACUUUCUUGAAGUCCUAAUUGAUUCACAUUUACCAGGAGAAGAUUUAAGAACUUCGUAUACACCAGUUUUAGGCUUAGGAAAUACAGGCCGAGUUAGUAAUCUUUCUAGUGAUUCCUCCUUAAGUUUAUCUAGUGUGCAUGGCCCUAUAAAUGAAGUAUCAACUGUUUCUGUCACUGCUUCCAUUACAUGUACUGUAACUACUGCAUCUACUAAUAUAGACCCGUCUAUAAACAGUGAGCACAGAGAUGGAACUAGUUCAAUAUCACCGAUUACUUUGGUCAAUGUUCCAUGUGUUCUAUCAAAUAAUGAUUCUGUGGAACUAAAAUCAAAUUUCCCUACUAUUGGCUCGACAACAAAAGAUCAACAAGAUUUAAAUUCUAAAUAUUUCUGUUCUACAGGAAGAUCUGGGUCAAAUGUCAGCAGUUUUGAUCAUAUAAUAAAGUAAACCUUCUGGAUAGAUAAUGAACAGAUCUCCUCAAUCAAUUGAAAUGUAAUACUUGCUUUGUACACACAGCAUAUUAAUUUAAUUGACUUUAAUUAUUUAUUCACUGUUACUUGUUUACUGAUAUUAAAUACAAGACAAAUGAACAGAAAUCAUCUUUACACAUUUUUUCCAUGGUUCCAAGUGUUGAUUAAAAACAAAGGAAGGUUUGUUUACAAAAGAAAAAAUCAUUCAUUCCUUUUUCCUUUCCCUUCAUACUUCCUCCUUAUCUCUUUACUUUCAUUACUUGUGAAUAAGUAGUUAACCAUUUUAUCUACUUUAUGUAUAACUGAAUAGAUUUCAAUAUAGAACUAUAUGCUUUUCUAACUAAAUUACUUUUAUGUGUUCAUCAGAGUUUAUCUAUUAAGCUUGAAAACUUUGUUGAUUGAUUAUUUUUUGUUUUUCUAAUUGAUUAUUUCAAGAGAAGAAUAUACUAACCAUGUAUUACACAUUUGCUAACAUAAUCUUAACUUAAUGUUUAUUUUAAUACAUCCGAGUGAAUUUUGAAUUCAUUUGUUUGAAUCUAUAAUUUGUGUAAUAUUUCCGGAAGUUACAUUUUUAAACCUUAUAAUCAUUGAUUCUUUUUUUUUGUGGGAAUAACUUCAUUUGCAUGAAAUUCAAUUUGUGCAUUUAACCAAUUUAUGUGUGUAUAUUGUGUUUAAAUUGAAGAUACCUUGAGUGUUUACAUUUCUAUACGCUUUCUUUUUUCAUUAGAAAGAACUGAUCUACACCGUGGUUUGUCUUAAGAAAAUUAAUAGAUAUAUGUUUACUGAAGAAAUUUUUCAAUCAUUCUAUUCCUGACAAAAUAUUUUUUUGUGUGAAAUAGAAAAAAUGACUUUAAAACAAAAAUAAAUCUACAAUUACCAUUGUGCUUUCAUAUUCAUCGUUAUCACUCUUUGUUUGUUUUUUUAAUUUUUUAGAAUUUCCAACUUAUCCAUCAAAUUACAGUAUAGGUGUUUUGUAUUUUUUCUGUUUUGUUUCGUCUAACUUAUGUUGUUUUCUCAUCUUGGCUUCAACGUUCUUUGCUUCUUUUCAUUAAACAAAUAAAAAUAAUCAACAAAUUGUCCGUUUUUAUUUUUAUCAAUAUGUGACGAUAAUUAUAAUGACUAUUAUUAUUAUUGAACUAUAUACACACCUACCCCCCAACCCCAAAAAAUAUGAAUAAGAGUAAAGUUUCAAUUACUUAUUUUUAAUCUCUCAUAUCUAGAUUUGCUUAUUAUUGAACUUCAUAUAUUACUGGAAAAUUCUGCAUUUGUAUACUGAUGUCUUUGUGAGUAUUUGUGUGCAUUUGAUAAUUAUCUAUCUGAAUUUCAAAAAGAUAAAGUCCAAUGAUUUCAUUCAACAUUUUUCAAUGUUUUCUUUUUUAUGAAUUAUUAAAAAUUGUUCGAUUUCAUUCUGUUUUUCUCUGCCCUUAAAUUUUGAUGUUAUUUUCCAGUGCGUAUGUGUUCUAUUUCACUCCUAUUAUAUUACAGGAUAUCUGUGUGAACCUAUGAUGAAAAUUAUCGUGAUAAUCAAAUAACUUUCCAUAAAAUCAAAAUAAAGCAUUCAAUUGAUAACUACUCUUCAGUUUAUGAAGUGAUAUAGUUUAGUAAAAAAAAUUAUCGUUAU